UGUGUGUACGGUAUGGAUCGCAGCUCCCACCGAAGUAUGCACUGGAGCUACUGGCUGUCUAUGCCUGGGAGAAAGGAAGCAGAGAGCCGGAUUUUGACAUGGCAGAAGGAUUUCGGACGGUGCUUUGGCUCCUCCAGCAAUACAAGCAACUCUGCAUAUUUUGGACCGUGAACUAUGACUUGCAGAAUCCCACCCUCAAACAAUACCUGAUGAGUCAGCUCCGGAAGCCCAGACCGCUCAUCCUGGAUCCAGCUGACCCAACCGGACCCCUGGGGGAAGGGAGCCGCUGGGAUCUACUUGCGCAAGAAGCUGAACAUUGUUCUCGUCAGAAAUGCUGCACAAACUACUCAGUCCUCCACUGGGAUGUGCCGCUGCAGGUCUCAUGGGAGGAAGAAACAUUUCCAGUCUCAUAUCCAAUGACACCUGCAGGGCCAGCUUCACAAAGACUGGCCUUGUGCUUGAAUGUGAAGCUGCUGACGGGAGCGAUGCAUUCCCUGAACAUCACUGCUAGCAGAACCAUCUGGGAUCUCAAAGUCCAAAUUGCCCAGAAAUCAGGGGUGCCACCAUAUCAGCAGAAACUGGCCUGGCAGAGCAACACUCACCUUGACCUGCGCGAUGGGGCCCUGCUCUCUGAGUUUGGGCUGAAAUCUGGGGAUACCAUCAUGAUGGUGGUAAAAAAUGAAGAGUCCAUUACCAUCUUCCUGAGGAAUGACAAGGGCAGGACCAGCACGUACAUGGUCAUGCCUUCAGACAAGGUGGACCACUUCAAAACCCGGGUUCAGCAACAAGAGAACAUCCAGGCAGAACAGUUCUGGCUGACCUAUGAUGGGAAGUCUUUGGAGAAUAGCCACAAGCUAUCAGAUUACAACAUUGCCCCACACAGCACCAUCUACUUAAAUCUGCGCCUGCGUGGUGGCUGGAUUGGCCAAGAUGGCCUCCUGAGUUUCUCUCAGUGUUUCUCAGAUUUUUAAAAAUCUUCUCAAUGCUAGGUUUUUUUCAG